AUCGAAAGGUUGAACAGAACGCUUGACGACACAUCCUGUGGGGAAAGAAAUAAUCGAUUUUCGGCCUUCUCGAUUCAUAGGAUGAUUGCUCCAGGACAGCAGCAAUAAAUAUCAUCUCAGUCUGAAUAAGCCCACAGACUCAUUGCAUUCACGCAGCAACAAGUAAGCUGAUCAAGCCUGGAAAUCCAUAGGCUCAUCGCUGCUACACAGCAUUAAAAAAAACAAUAUGUAGAAGUAUAGAGACUCGUUACUACAAAACAGCAAUAACAAAGCUGAUCAAAAUCUAUAGAAGUAUAGAGACUCAAUGUUACCAAACAGCAAUAACAAAGCUGAUCAAAAAGCUGUAGAAACAUACAUAGUCGUUUUAUAUCAUGCAUCAGCAAAUAAACAUCAAAGUCUGUAGAAGUCCAAAGGCUCAUUUUAACUAAUUUACAACAACAGAUCAAUACAUACUGUAGAUAGAGUUGUUGCUAUUACACACAUUUAACCAAGCUGAUCAGAACUAAAGAAGCCGACCAACACUUCACCACAACACACUUUUUUUUACCCCACAUCUGAGAUCUCAUCAUGACUCACAACCUCUCUCAAGCGAACAUCACAGCCUACCUCAACCAACUUCAGAGGGAAACCACACUAUUGAUGAUUCCUUCUCUCAUAUUUUUAAUUGGAUUAGCCGUCGUCGGCUUGAUCGGGAAUUCCCUGGUUCUGUUCGUUUAUUUACGGAAGUUUACGAAAACUGCCGUCGGAGUCUUUAUCGUGACGAUGGCAGUUUCAGACCUCUUGACUUGUGCCGUGCUUAUACCAGGUGACGUGUACGACCUUUUCCAUCAGUGGGACUACGACCAGAGACUACUCUGUCAGAUGAGAAUGUUCGCCUACGCGGCUACCCACGCAGUUGCAUCCCUUGCUUUGAUAGCCGUGGCUGUGACGCGAUACUUAAAGAUUUGCCGACCAUUUGGAAGACAAGUAACCAUAACUCAUGCGAGAGUAUCUUGCGUGAUUAUGACAGUUUUGUCCCUUCUUUACUCUACGCCAUACGCCCUGGUCCACGGUAUUCAAACAAGGAACACAACUCUAGAAGGAGUUCAAGGUCACUACUGCGCGUUUGAUGACGAAUACGUCGCUACCACUUGGCCGAGGGUCAACUCUGGAAUUUUUAUCCUGGCGUUUGUUUCGGUAUCGACCCCGCUUGUCACCUUGUACGGUCUGAUUUGGGUCAAGGCCAGGCACCAUAGUAACCGUCGCGUGGCGACAGGGGGAGUAACCAAGGGAGAUAACAGUUUAAAGAGAGAUAACUCAAUCAACAAAAAGCCGUUCGUGGGUAAGGUGUCGGAGUCGGAGAAUUCGCGCUGGUCAUCAAGCUCCGAUAUCAACCAGCUUAAACAGGAAACGGAGCUUAACUUAAACAAACCUUCAACAACUAUGGAACGAGAGUGUGUUAAACGGCUGACUUAUCCAUACACGGCUCCAGAUUCCAGCCGGUCGACGAUUCUGGAAUCUAAGCUGAUGUCAUUGCCAAGAGGAUGUCGAAUCCUUUCAACCUUGGACACCGCUAGACACACAACGAAUCGAAAAUCCGAUAACCCCGGAAAUGAAAACAAUACCAGUGUUAUCCAAAAACUUGUCAUUACAGAAGAACCGUCAAGUUUAUCAACAAAGUCUAUUACUUCUACAACCAAUGAUUCCUUAGGAAACCAAUCAAAUAGUAAUAAUGAACAUAAAGUUGCAAGCGGUUUACUUUGUAGUAAACUUGAAGACGUACCCUCACCUUCUAGACGAAAAAAUCCGUUUUGUAGACACUCAGAUCUGGAAUCAACAAGCCACCAAACUCAAUCUAUCACCGAGACUGAAGAAAACUCUAUCUCUGAAAGUUACAUCACAGCGGAAUCAAGCAACAGUGACACCGAAAUCUCCUCUGAAAGUGUUAUGUUAAGAAAGCUAGGAUUAGCUAAUCACGUUAAUCUGGCGUGUAAACCUCAAGAGUCUAAAAGCCGCCCAGGUUCUAAAAAUAUCACUAACUUCAAGAAAGAAGAGUGCCCAAAACGGAAACCUCGCGGAAUAGGGAAGGCAACUUGUAUGUUACUUACAAUAAGUCUACUAUUUAUACUUGGGUUAAUUCCCUUCCUUGCUUUGGACUUGUUUAGAAAUAUCUUCCCCGAGUCGUAUAAAUCACUAAGUCCAGUCGGUCUGUCCUUCUAUCACCUAUUUCUCAGGACCUACCUCAUCACAGUCGCCGCAAACCCAAUCGUCUACGGAUUCUGUGACGUCAAGUUCCGGAAAGAAUGUUUAAAAUUGUUUAAAUGUAAUACUUAACCUUCGUAUCAAUGCUAUAUUUAUGACAUUCUUUUAAGGUAAU